CCAGGAGGCCACCUCGAUGGUGGUGCGCUGUCCAGCAUUUCAGCAAUCGGCAGCGGCGCCCGCGGGAGGACCCGGGCGCGGGGCCGUGGGGAGGCCACAGACCUGCCUUGCCGAGCAAAAUACCCGGGGGACAAACGGGACCCGGAGGCCUGGCUCCAGCAUCCAGAGGACUGCAGAGGUCAGCGGGAGGGCCGACCACCGAAGGACCUGUGUCAUGUCCUCCACCGUGAACAACGGGGCUACCGGCAUGCCAUCCCCGCCAGACGCCGCCAACGGCUUCCCGCAGCCGGGCGCCUCGUCCGGGGGCUGGCCACGCGCGGAGGAGGAGCUGCGCGCCGCCGAGCCCGGCUUGGUGAAGCGCGCGCACCGGGAGAUCCUGGACCACGAGCGCAAGCGGCGCGUAGAGCUCAAGUGCAUGGAGCUGCAGGAGAUGAUGGAGGAGCAGGGGUACUCGGAGGAGGAGAUCCGGCAGAAGGUCGGGACUUUCCGGCAGAUGCUGAUGGAGAAGGAGGGAGUACUGACCAGGGAGGACCGGCCUGGGGCCCACAUUGUGGCAGAGACCCCGCGGCGGAUGGAGGGCUUGGAGCCGGGCCUGGAGUACCCGCCCUUCGAUGAGGAUGACGGCCCUGUGGAUUGCGACUGCCCGGUCGCCUGCUACCGCGGGCACCGGGGGUACAGGACCAAGCACUGGUCCAGCAGCUCCGUCUCGCCCCCUCCCAAGAAGAAGAAGAAAAAGAAAGGCAGCCAUCGGAGGAGCCGCAAAAAGAGGAGACUAGAGUCAGAAUGCAGCCCCAGCUCACUAGUGCCCACCCCUGUCCACAGCUGUGGGAGCACCUCUCCCCUCCGCAAGAAGAAGAAGGCUGUGAAGAAGCACCGUCGGGAUAGGUCUGAAUCUGGGUCCCGAAGGAAGAGACGGUACAGAUCUCAAAGCCUCAAGGGCAAAAGGAAAGAGAAAAACAAAGAGCGCAAGAGGCCUCACACCGAGUCUCCAGGCCGAAGGCCUCACCACCACAGCAGCGCCAGUUCCCACAGCCCUUCGGUGUCCUCCCACGACAGCGAUUCCGGAUCUCCCAGCAGGCUGAGCCCCAAGCAUCGCGACGACGGGCGGAAGACGGGCAGCCAGCGAUCCAGCGGGAGCCGGUCGCCCUCCGCCUCGGGCGGCAGCGGAUGGGGGUCGCCCCAGCAGAACGGAGGCAGCAGGCAGCGAAGCGGAACGCACGGGGGCCGCCCCGGUUCGGCGCACAGCCCGCCCGAUAAGCCCAGCUCGCCCCGGGCCUGCGACAAGGAGGCCGCGGCGCCCACGCCGCCCGCGCGGGGGAAGGACAGUCAGAGCCCGCGCUCAGCGCCGUCGCCGCAGGGCCGUGGGGGCCGCGCCGCGGGGGGGACCCGGCGCCGGCGCCGGCGGCGGAGGAGGCGCCGCUCGCGGUCCUCGGCCAACGCACCCCGCCGCAGGGGCCGCCGGCGCGCGAAGCCCGCGCAGCCCCGGGGCUCGUCCCGCUCGCUCAGCGCCGCGCACUCCAGCAGCGAGUCCGGCGGCGGCACCCCAGGCCCCGGACCCGAGCCCGGCACCGAGCGAGGCCACGGCGGGCACGGCAAGCGGGCGAAGGAGCGACCCCCCCGCGCGCGCCCCGCCAGCACCUCGCCAUCCCCGGGCGCGCACGGCCGGCGGGGCGGCCCAGAGGGGAACAGCUCCUCGCGCAGCCCCGGCCCGCACCCCGGGUCCUGGAGCUCCAGCCGCUCGCCCUCCAAAUCCCGCUCGCGCUCCCCUGACAAAAGAGCCCGCAGCCCCAGCCUCUCUCAGUCGCCCAAGAAACCCGUCGGCCGGGACAAGGACAGCGAAGGCCGCGUGAGGCAUGCGGAGGCGGAGGCCGCCCGCACCCGACGCCGCUCCCGCAGCUACUCCCCGAUCCGAAAGCGGCGCCGAGACUCGCCCAGCUUCAUGGAGCCGAGACGCAUCACCAGUGCCCGAAAGCGUCCCAUCCCCUACUACCGGCCCAGCCCCUCCUCCUCCUCCAGCUGCCUGAGCAGUGACUACUCAAGCCGGAGCCACAGCAGGAGCCCAAGCCCGGGCCACAGCCACGGGAGCUACAGCAGCCGCAGCCAUGAGACUCGCAGCCGCUCCUGCAGCGCCUCCAGGAGCCGCAGUCCCAGCUACCACAGCCGGAGCAGCUCUGAGAGUGGGGGCUUCUGAGCCCGGACGGACCCAGCUGGGGUUGGAAGGCCCUGGCAUAAGGAGAGCUGGGGCCCUGAGACCUGGGGAGGAGGGGUCUGUACCCCAUACUACUACACAGGUCUCGGGUGGGGGGACGGCGCGUGGGCAGGUGGGCUAGGGUAGAGCUUCUCCUAGGGUAGGUGUCCCACCUACAAGGAGGAAUCAAAUUGCCCUGUCCCUAAAGUGUGCCCAAUCCCACGCCCUGCCCACUCACCUUGUCCAGGAAACAAAGAGCCUUUGCGAACACAGGGACCAGGUCACCAUGCCCUUCUUCUGCUUGAGGCCAGCUUACCAGCCUGGGGCCCAAGAGUCCACUAUUGGCUGUCACCUCACUUGAGCUCAGUGGGCCCCUGCACAGCUUGGAAGGUGCCAGGCCUGGGACCUUCCCCUCCUCUUUCUCUGUCUCCCACUGGGCGGGUCUGAAACUGGUAGGCAAGCCAGAUCUAAGAGGGAAGGAAGGACCACCUAACUCCUGGUGUAUUGCCAGGCAGGAUAAGGGGUUCACACUUGGCCCCAUCUCUCUUCAUUGCCCUCACAUCAAGGCCACACCAUCCAGGCCUUCAUCAGCACAAGAGGUAGCAAACACCACACCUGUGUCUAACCUGAAGUCAGAGGGGGGAUUCAGGGACUGAGGAUGUAGCUCAGUUGGUAGAGUGCUUGCCUCGCAUGCAUGAAGCCCUGGGUUCCAUCCCAAACACAGCAUAACACAGCAUGCUGGUGCAUGCCUGUAAUCCCAGCACUCUGGAGGUAGAGGCAGAAGGACCAGGAGUUCAAGGUCAUCUGAGGCUACACGGUGAGUUUGAAUCCAGCCUGGGAUACAGGAGACCCUGUCUCAAAAGUAAGAGAGAGAGAGACUGGGGAUUCAGGUCAGACGAUAAAAAGGAACACGGGUAGAAAACGGAGGAAUUUCUUUUUUCUUUUUUUUUUUUUUAGCAUGGGCCCAAACAGUGCAGUCAGGUGACCAAGCAGGUCAGAGGAUACUGGGAGACAGAUACCAGCUGCUGUCGGGGUCCUGGGCCAAAUGAUAGGAUAACUCAUAGUCAUGAGCAUAGGCUAACAUGCAGUGCACCUACGAGCCUGCCCAAGGGAGGCCUCCCUAUCAGGCUUUGAUGAGGCAGGUUUGGUCAAGGCUUUCAGGCCGGGGUGGCAGGUUCCAGCCAAAGCUCUCAGGCUGGAGCAUGACGGGAAACGGCGGUCCCCCUCCAGCCCUCUUCUGCGGCACCCAGCCCCACUCCUCCACCCCGCUGGGGCCCUCAGGGAUCUCAAAGUCUUCCUUGGCCCGAUAGGGCAGAUGCCCUGGGCUCUGGUGGGGGAGGAGUCUGGGGUCUGAUCCGGGUUCCCACCCUCUCUGUUUCCCCUUCCCUCUUUCUCCGCAGUGCGGGAAAACAAAUGGAGUGUAAUAAAUACACUAGGUGCCCAGGA